CCUCUGUCCAAAAAUUACAUCACUCGUCUCUCUCGCCCUACAUAUAUCUCCUCCUUCCUCUUCUCUUUCUCAUUCUCUCUCUUUCCCACUCGAUCUCGAGCUCUCUCGAGCUGUGAAAAUGGUGCAAUCCAAGAAGUUCAGAGGAGUCAGACAACGUCACUGGGGCUCUUGGGUCUCUGAAAUCCGCCACCCCUUGCUGAAGAGGCGAGUCUGGCUCGGCACGUUCGACACGGCGGAGGAAGCAGCCCGUGCCUAUGACCAGGCUGCCGUCCUCAUGAGUGGCCGCAAUGCCAAGACCAACUUCCCCAUGCCCCAGGCCCCAGCUGCCGCCAGUGCCCACCACCCCACUUUGUCCCCCUCCUCCUCUGCCGAUGCCUCCCUGCCGAUAAAGGGCCUCUCGGAGGUCCUGCACGCGAAGCUCCGGAAAUGCAGCAGGCACCCGACGGCGUCGCUGACGUGCCUGAGGCUCGACACCGAGAGCUCUGACAUCGGCGUGUGGCAGAAGAGGGCAGGGCAGAGGCCGGACUCCAACUGGGUCAUGACCGUCAAGCUCGGAGCCAGCAAGCCGAAUGGCAACGAGGCGAGUUCCGAGGAUCCCGAGGGCAUCGCGUCGGACUCGGAACAAAGAGGAAGCAAUGAUAUGGAGGAAGAGCAGAGACUCGCAUUGCAGAUGAUUGAGGAGCUCCUCAAUAGUGAUUGUCCUGAGGGUAAGGAUUGCUUCUCUCUCUCCAGUCGCCAAGAGUGAGAAAAAAAAAAACUUACGAAAAUUUGAACACCUAUAUACUCUAUAUAUAAACACGAAGUUCCUAAGAUUUUCAUUUCAUCCAUCAUAGAAUUUGCUCGCCAAAUAAUAAAUAAUGCGAGCAUGUAAUACCAAACUGGCGCCAUAAGUACGGCUCGCUGGAAGGAUAGUCUUGUAUCAUUUUGGUGGAUGGAAUAAAAGUCUGAUAGUUUCAUUAUUAAUGUCAAAUGACAGUAUGACUUUGUACUGGAAACUUUACUAUAAUGCUGGACAAUGUGUGGAAAAAAUAAUGCACAACAACGCCAUGAAAGCUGGAACUCUUGCUGUUUACGCAUAUAAAUCGAUCGAGAUUGAUGACCAUGGUGUAUCAAAGUUCAGCAAAUUCUAAGUUUAGCAAUUCGAAAAAAGGUUUGCUCCU